AUGAACGAAGCUCGUUUUUUUGAGUUUCAGAUUUCGUCAUUUCCAUUGCAUAUAGACCGUGAUUUCAUUCAUGUGUCUUGUACAGUAAACGGUACCACUGUGUACGCGAAUUUCCUCUACAACGUGAAUCCAAAAACAAACAGAAGACGUUUGAUACCUGAGUCAGAAAACCAACUGAAUAUAUUUAUUUUUGGAUUCGACUCCGUGUCACGUUAUCUGGCUGAGAGGAAAUUAAGACGGACUCUACAUGUCAUGGAAAACCAACUGAAUGCCUACAAAUUUGAGGGAUAUGCACGCGUGGGUGAUAAUACCUUUCCAAAUUUAUUAGCUGCCAUGGCAGGAAAGACCAUCACAGAGGCCAUAUUAUCUCGCACAAUAAAUUCAUUGUACUCGGAAGUGAUCAAACGUGGCUACAUCGACUGUCAUGCUGAAGAUUGGACCUCUUAUUAUCCACCUUUUGUAUUAUCGUAUCCAAAUUAUACUCACUAUCUGAGAACGUUGUUCCUGUCAAGAGAGAAUCCUAAUCUUAAAAUAGUAAAGACGAGCAAAGAACACGCAAAUCUUCGAAAGGUGGUUGAUCCAAAAUGCUUCGGAAAUCAAAAACAACACAAGAUUAUUUUAGAUUAUACUAGGAUGUGUAUUGAACGGUACAAAGGUUUGAGGAAAUUCGUCUUCUUUUGGCAAAAUGAAAUAAGUCAUCAUCAGCCGAAUUUUCUUUCUCUAGCGGACCAGGACACAGCUGAUCUAAUAUCAUGGAUGAAUGACAACGGUCAUCUGACCAAUUCUGUUCUGAUACUUAUGAGUGACCAUGGUCCUCGUUAUGGCCCCAUUGCUAGACAUGAACUCGGUGUACUAACAAGAAAUCUUCCUUUACUUAGCAUUUAUAUUCCACGCGCUGUCAUACAGAAGUAUCCACAUAUACACGAGAAUUUUCUUACAAACAGAAUGCGUCUCUCUACUCCGUUUGAUCUUCAUGAAACUCUCAAAGACGUUUUAUUCCAAACCUUAAACAAAAAAUCUACAUUACCAUCUUUUUCAUCACCAAGGGGAAUAAGUCUUUUUCAAGAAAUACCAAAAUACAGAAGUUGUUACGAUGCGUCAGUGCCAGAAAACUACUGUCCGUGUUAUAAUUCAGAACCUUUAGAUAUCCAUAAUUCCAUAGUAAGGAGUGCAGCUAGUUUUGCAGUACUUCAUAUAAAUAUACAACUGAUGAAGUCAAAUUUCUCGUGUAACAAUUUACAGCUAAUGUCAGUCCACUCGGCAAAGCUUCAGAAAGUUCCCCAGAAACCGAACUCCGCAAAAGUGAUGCAGACGUUUGUCAUUUUUGAAACUAUACCGGGACAUGCAAUAUUCCAAGCAACAAUCCGAAGGCAUUCACAAAGUAUUCACAGCAUGGAGAUCAUAGGAGACAUAGAAAGAGUAAACAGUUAUGGCAAUCAGUCUAGCUGUGUUCCUAACGAACCAAUCAAUGCACAGUACCGUUUAUAUUGCUUUUGUGUGUGA